UUGUUGGAUUGUUAUCAUAGAUCUGGUAGUGUGGAGUCUUUGAGGAGAUAUGAGUGGAGUUCAGAGGAUUCUCAGAAGGUGGUUGAGGGCACAGGAUUGUCCCACUUGGCAGGGUGUAUGAUGCAGCAUUUAGAUACAACUUUGAUAACGGCAUUUGUGGAGAGAUGGCAGCCGGACACGAACACCUUCCAUAUGCCAUUUGGAGAGAUAUCGAUUCUUCUCCACGACGUGCAUCACAUUCUUCGUAUUCCAGUUGAGGGGGAGCUGAUGAGAGAUGAUCCGCAUCCAGAUGUUCUUAAGUUAGACAUGCAUGAUCUAUUUCGGGUCCCGGUGGAUGGUCCUGUUGGUGGUAAGUGGAAGUUGAAGUGGUUCCUUAAUGGUGUUAUACACGCAGAGGGAUUGUUGGUGCGUGGACGAGAAAUGAAGAUUAGGGACCUGGAGGCGUGGAUAUAUGAGUACUUUCCACUCUUCCGUCCGAGCCAGAUUCUCCAGGCUGCAGAUGCUCCUCGUGCUUCCUCGUGGGUGUGUCACCGCUUUGCAGGUGGUGAUGAUGCUAGACAGCGCUUGGUACGGUAUCGCCAGAUGUUGGAUGAGAUGUCAGGGGAGGAUGUGUCUUGGACUCUUUACGGGCGAGAUGCUGGCACGGAGGUACUACGCUCUUUGUAUACUGGUGUCAUUCGCUUUGCUGACGUUGCUGAGGGUUAUGAUCCUUCACGGUGUCGCCGACAGUUUGGGUAUUAG